AGCUGAAGGCAGUGCACACCUCUCCCCCCUCCCCAUUUUAGGUCACCCACUAGCCCUCCCUGCAAGGUAGGCCAACCUGCAAGAACGAACGAUUGUCCCUCAAUGAAGCUUCAUGGCUGCCCAAAGGUUGAAGAGGACAGCUCUCUGGGCCUGAUCAUGGAUCCUGCGGCAUCUUCUCUGCCACAAAUCUACCCUGCUGCCUCGGAGAGGAACGUCCGCAUCCUUGUCGGGGUAACCGGCAGUGUGGCUGCGUUAAAGUUGCCUCUUCUGGUGGCAGAGCUUCUGAAGAUACCUGGACUGGAAGUUCAAGUGGUGACUACAGAGAAUGCAAAACACUUCUAUAAUCCUGAAGAGAUUCCUGUAAGAAUCUACAGUGACUCUGAUGAAUGGCAGCUGUGGAAAACACGCACAGAUCCUGUGCUACAUAUUGACUUGAGGCGUUGGGCUGACCUCUUGUUGGUAGCUCCUCUGGAUGCGAAUACCCUUGCCAAAAUUGCCAGUGGCAUCUGUGACAACUUACUGACAUGCGUCAUCCGUGCCUGGGAUGUGAACAAACCCCUAUUCUUCUGUCCUGCCAUGAACACAUUUAUGUGGGAGCACCCCAUCACAACUCGGCAAGUGGAGCAGCUGAAAGAAUUUGGCUACGCAGAGAUUCCUUGUAUAGUGAAGAAAUUGGUUUGUGGAGAUGAAGGCCAGGGUGCCAUGGCAGAAAUUUCAACCAUUGUGGAAAAAACAAAGGUGGUACUGUUGGAACGGGGCCUGCUGAAGCUGAGUUGAUUGCAAGAUAACAGG